AUGGCAAACUGGGUGAACGGGAAAAAGAAGCUCUUCAACGCAUCCAGCCGCUGCCAUGGUGCAAGCGCCGACUCAACCAGUUUGGUACCGAUUUUGGCCACUUCGUUAAGUGAGGCAAACUCAGGAAGCACGUUGAAGUCCACUGGCUUGCCCAGGAAACGGUGGCUGUCGAAGUCUUGUAGGGAGACCAGUGGAACGCCACCUAUGGGGAAGGAAGUGUCUCUUGUUCCAGCGGUCUCCCCUUUCCUUGUACAAAAGGCUAUAAAUGCAACAGUCGGCGAAGUUGCAUCGAUUAGAAAAAUGAGAUCUGGUGACUUGCUUGUGGAGGUUUCUUCUCGUAAGCAAGCACAACAGAUACAAAAACUUGAAUCCUUGGCAACAAUAAGAGUUUCUGUAACCCCUCACCAAUCACUUAAUAGCUCCAAAGGCGUCAUCACCUGCGGCGAAAUACUAAAUCUUCCCGUAGAGUUAAUUGCCUCCGAAAUGAAAUCUCAAGGUGUUUCACAUGUGCGUCGAAUUUCCAUACGACGUGAUGGACAACUACUUGAGACGAAACAUCACGUAUUAACUUUUAAAACUUCUAAAUUACCGGAGUACGUCUAUGCAGGCUAUAUAAAGUUACCGGUUAGGCCAUAUAUCCCUAAUCCACUAAGGUGUUUUCAGUGCCAACGCUUUGGCCACUCCAAAAUGAAUUGCCGCGGGUCUCUCACUUGUGCCCGCUGCGCACAAAAAGGGCAUGAUAGCCAACAGUGUACAGCAGAAGAAAAGUGCGUAAACUGUGGUGGCGAUCAUCCCUCAUAUUCUCGAUCUUGUCCUCGCUGGGCACUGGAAAAGCAGGUUACGACAAUAAAAUUCAAAGAAGAUUUAUCUUAUCCUGAAGCCAGACGCAGGGUUAAGGCACAGACCCCAACUCCACUAUUCCAAAGAGUUCACCACGUCUAA